UUCUGAGGAGGAAAUUGGUGAAUGAGUUUCGAAUUUAGGAGUGAUGUUUAGAUGAUGGCUUAUUGCAUCUCAAACCCUGCAUUCCAUGGAUGGAAGAGGAGCAGCCCACAAAAUCUGUUUGGUUGGAACGUAGGGAAGAGAAGUGCUGAUGAUAAACCACAGCCUAAGUAUCACGAAAUAGAUCUUCCUUUCCCAGCUUCUCUUGUUGACAAAACUUUCUUAAAAGGUAGAGAGCUCAAGUGCUGCUACAAAGCUACCAUAGAUGGAUUUAGUGCAACAAAUUUCCAUAACUGUUGUGACUUCAAGGGACCAUGUGUAAUUAUAGGCUAUACAAACAAGUCCUUCAAGUUUGGUGCAUUUAACCCAGAAGGCUAUAGAAGCACAGAUGAUUACUAUGACACGUUUGAUGCAUUUCUUUUCUAUUGGACAGACAACGAGACUAUUGACCCUAUUGUAUUACCCAAAGUUGGUGGCAGUGGUGCAGCCCUUUUUGAUUAUGCUAGGGGUGGGCCUCAGUUUGGGGCUGAUGGGCUACUUAUCGGGCCUCCACUAGCGCCCGUUAUGGGCGGGUUUGCUGGGCCAGAUACCAAUUCUGGAAUUGGUGACUUGAGGCAGGCCAAGUCUAGAUUGGGCUUAUCAUAUGCUAAAAGAGUUGAUGGGAAGGAGUCUAUAUUUGGCGAUGAGUCCAAGGCCACUAUUGGUGAAGUCCAAGUCUUUUGCAGUCCUCAAAUUGCAAGUUUAUAUUGAUUUUAAGGUACAUAGGUACCUUUGAGCUUUGUACUAUACCAAUUUUCAAUAAUGAAAUGAUAUUUUCUUUCAAAA